CCAGAUUCCCUCGUGACUUUCGACAUCCCCACGCUCCCUCAUCCCGGUUGGCCCUCCCUAACCGUUGCCCAUCUGAGGUGUCGGUUCCACCACGUGAUCUUCUCUCCCGCGCUCUUCCACAGGCUGAGAACCAUUCAUCACCCUACAGCGACCACGGGGACUGAGACAGAGUUGGAAGCUACUCAACUCCCCCAGGCCAGUGGUAUUUCUGUGUCUCAACAACGCGGUUCGAGCUCCUCAGGACCUACCCUGGUGAGUCCGUUCUAAAAUGAACUCCAGGAUGAUAGCCACCAUGGCUGGCAUCUUCUCCGUCCUGAAUACUAUCCAGUUCUUCAUCUUUGAGCUGAACCAGAUGACGCACAUCGGCUUCGAAGAUAAGUACAGCAUCUACCUGGACACAGAGUCCGAGGUGACGUCCUGGGUCGUGGUCUACAGGCAUAAUAUCAGCACGGGGCUGUCCAUCACCACCAUCACGGUCAGCUGCUUCCUCCUCUUCUGCCUGGACAAGAACAUGUUCAUCGGGCUGCUGGUCUACACCAUCUGGAUCACUGUCUACGAGCUGCUCAGUUUCACCAUGGUCCUGCUCAUCCACGGCACCAUCAAGGAGCAGUUCAAGGACCUGAGCCAACUGUACCUGCUCUUGCAAAUCUCCCGCAUGCUCUUGCACUUCGCCUCCCUGCCCUUCGUGGUGAAGCACGGCUACACGCUCUACAGGGACCCCAAGAUCAUGAGCAUAGCCGGCCGCCGCAAGCGCUCCUCCAUCAGCACCGUGGACUCGUGGCCACCUGUCGGGCUGGGUUCGUUGUACCGCAAAACAAACUGAACCAGGAUUGGGAUGGCACCCACCGGGGGGUCUGCUCAAACGCCUAGUUUUUUCAGGAGGGGUUGAGUUAUGUGCAGUGUAGCCUGUUAUAGGAUUGGUUACCUAAUAAUAUAUGUUACCUUUGCGUUGA